AUGGGGCAAAGAAACUGGGCAAAGAAAGUAUGGUCGAGAGUCCUAAAAAAACGGGUGACUAGGAUUCGUAAAGAGCAACAUGGCGCCGCCCCUCGUCCAUUGCGAUUAUUACUCGUUACUGCGGUUAAUGUUGCGGUGGGAAGGCCCUCAUUUGGCCUUUGCGUUAUCGGGUUUGGCGGUCGCCUCUUGGGCCGGCUCGGGGCGCUUGGCCUUGAACAUCCAAUACGCCCCGAGUGCCAACGCGGCAGCGGCCGCCGCCAGGACGCCCGGCCUGAAAUUCAGCCGUCAGUACUUUGCCACGACCAAGCUGUAUCAAAGAAAUUAGGCACGCGCGCCGAGGCGGCAUUACGAGUUCUUCAUGCCCUGGGGGCCCUUUCCCGACUUUCCCGGCAGCGGCUCGCCACUGUCACCGACGAAGUCACCACCCUCGUACAUUGGCUGCCGGGGUGGCGUUGCGACAGCGCGGUUCGCAAUGGUGGUGGACAGCAGUCUCCUGCUUGGGCACAGCAAGGCGCCCCGGAGAGCGGGCGAUGCGAGUGGUCGGAUCGACGACAUUGCGGGCUUCUUGAGCUUUGGAUGUGA